UCCCUGACAUCACACAGCUGUAGAGAUGGAUAACCAAAGAGUAAUCUACUCUGAAAUGAAUCUGGCCAAAAACCCAAAGAGGCAGCAAAGGAAAUCUAAGGACACUAAAAGCUCCAUUUCAAAAACUGAACAGGAAAUAACCUAUGCAGAAUUAAACCUUCAAAAUGCUGCUCAGGAUCUUCAAGGCGAUGACAGAUCUUACCACUGCAAAGAUUUACUGUUACCUCCAGAGAAGCUCAUUGCUGGGAUCCUGGGAAUCAUCUGUCUUAUCUUAAUGUCUAUGGUAAUAAAACUUGUCAUUCCCUCAAGACUGAUGCAGAAGAAUUCUCUCCAGAAUAUGAGAACUCAGAAAGAUAGUGAUUCUUCAGCAUAUCACUGUGCUCAUUGUCCAGAGGAGUGGUUCACAUAUUCCACCAAUUGUUAUUACAUUGGUAAGGAACUCAAAACUUGGGAUGAGAGUGUGAUGGCCUGUGCUUCUAACAACUCUAAUCUGUUUUAUACAGAGAAUGAAGAAGAGAUGAAAUUUCUGGGCUCCCUGUCUCUUCUGUCAUGGUUUGGAGUCUCUCGUAAUAGCAGUGAUCAUCCAUGGGUGUUAAGAGAUGGCUCAACUUUCAAACUUAAUAUAAUAGAAACAGAAUAUGAUAACCGUAACUGUGCUCUGCUAUACAAAUAUAGACUUCAAUCAGAUGAAUGCAGAUCUUCAAAACUGUAUAUUUGUAAGCACAAGCGUUAGAAGGAAAGCACCUGAGUUGGGAGU